AUGAAAACGAGCAAGCUCAUCCUCACUUUGCGCAGUGGCUCUAAGCCAGAGACGACCAGUUGUCUUCCCCAUUCUCAGUUGAACCAGCACGGUCCUCCCAAUGUCAUUCAGAAGCUUCACGAGUGGUGCUUUGCUGCCUUGCCCCAUGUCGUCAAUGAACCCAGCGGGAUUUCGGUGCCGGGUGCUCGGGCGCUUGUCCUCCACAAGGAUUGCAAACAGUGCAACCAAAAAGCGUUCAUGAUCAAUCGGGAGUUUGCUCACAUUCAUCCCGCUCCCGACCUUGGAAGUCUUCAUGUUGUUAUGGACGCCAAGGAUGCGGCAGAUGUCAAGGCUGCAGGAUGGGGCGAGGAUCAUUACUUGGUCACACAAGGACGGCUAACUCCAGGAUUUCUCCUGGUGUAUUCUCCCCGAGACGAAAACGAGCUCGAGACUGUCAAGUUCAUUGUGGGUCGCUCCUACGAGUUUGCAACUGGCAAGUCUCUCCCAGCUGAGGCCGUCAACUAA